UCAAAUCAAACAGAUGUUUAAGAAAAGUGAAUACCAGGAUUUGACAGUAAAUAGCGGAUUUACGAUAAAAAUAAAAUAAAUGUUGUUAUGUAAUGGAUGGUAAAGUACUUUAAAUUCGAGAUUUUACCCUAAAAUGUAUUUUCAGUGUCGUUAAUUAAAGUUUUAUAAGUGCUGCGGUAGUCUUGUGGUUGGAGGUUAGGUUGUCCUUUUAAACAUAAAAGUUACAAAUUAUUGAAUUAUAACUAUGAAGCUUUUAAAGCAAUUGUUGUGCGGGGUUAAACCUGCAUGGUUAAGAUCGUAUAAGCGUACUUAUUCGAGCAGAAAUAUCUUGAAACUUAAUGAACGAGGAAUGUAUCAGGAUAUGUUUCCAAACACGGCUGGCACAGAAAUACUAGACCUUUUAAAUAAAGCCCCACAGUGUGUGUACGCAGGCUUUGAUCCUACUGCAAAUAGCCUUCAUGUUGGGAACCUACUUGUCAUAAUAAACCUCCUACAUUGGCAAAGAGGAGGACACAAUGUUAUUGCUUUGUUGGGUGGAGCAACAGGUUUUAUUGGUGAUCCCAGUGGCAGGAGUACAGAACGUGUAGCUUUGCAACAAGAAAUCAUACAAAAUAACAUCAAGUGUAUUAAAAGUAACCUAGAGACGGUAUUUGAAAACCAUCAGAAGUAUAUCUGGAAUGAUGAGAGGAAAUUAAACCCUGUAAGAAUAGUCAACAAUGAAACAUGGUAUAGAGAUAUUGACUCCAUACAAUUUGUAAGUGAAAUUGGUAGAAACUUUCGGAUGGGGACCAUGCUGCUAAAACAAAGUGUCCAGGCUAGAAUAAAUUCCGAAAUAGGAAUGAGUUUUACAGAAUUUGCCUAUCAAAUAUUCCAGUCUUAUGACUGGCAGCAUUUACUAAAGGAAUAUAACUGCAGAUUUCAGAUAGGUGGUAGUGAUCAAAUGGGAAAUAUAAGUGCAGGCCAUGAACUUAUUAGCAGAACCUCAAAGAAGAGUGUGUAUGGGUUAACAUUACCUCUAGUGACGACAGAAGAAGGUGACAAGUUUGGCAAGUCAGCUGGCAAUGCUAUAUGGCUGGACCCAAAGAAAACAAGCCCAUACAGUUUGUAUCAGUUCUUCAUCAGGACUAAGGACUCGGAAGUUGAGAAACUACUCAAGCUAUUCACAUUCUAUAGUCUAGGAGAAAUAAAAGAUAUUAUGUUUAAGCAUAAAGAGCAUCCAGACCAAAGAUAUCCACAGACGUGUCUUGCUGAGCAUCUUACGACUUUAGUACAUGGGAAGGAAGGAGUGGAAAAGGCCCUGAAAGCUACUGAGGCGAUAUACAGCAAAGACGUGAAAUCUUUAAUCGCCUUAAGUAGUACGGAGUUGGAGCAAGUGUUUGAGAACGCAACGAUCACAACGCUGUUAUUAUCACCCGGCAUCACAGUUCUAGAACUCGGGAUGAAAGCUAAAUGUUUUCCAACAGAAAAUGAUGCAAUCAGAAUAAUCCAAGCGGGCGGCUUCUACAUCAACCAUCAAAAAGUUAAGAAGAUUGAUGAAGUUAUAACGCAGUCGGCUCAUAUUUUGCCCAACUUACUUUCAUUAUUGAGAGUCGGAAAGCGGAACCACUACAUCGUGAAAUGGCAGACAUAAUAAAAAUAUUUUAUCGUUA